AUCGCUGAAGUUUUGUGGGUCGGGUUAAACUCGGGGACCUCCGUGAAGAGGACCCAUUUACCAAAAUGGCAGCCUCCAGCCGCGCACAAGUGUUAGAUCUGUAUCGAGCGAUGCUGAGAGAGAGCAAGCAUUUCAGCGCCUACAACUACAGAACAUAUGCUGUCAGGAGGAUAAGAGAUGCCUUCAGAGAAAAUAAAAAUGUGAAGGAUCCUGUAGAAAUUCAGACCCUAGUGAAUAAAGCCAAAAGAGACCUUGAAAUAAUUCGUCGACAGGUCCACAUUGGCCAAUUGUAUUCGACUAACAAGCUUGUCAUUGAGAAUCAAGAGAAGUCCAGGACCUAGGAGCCGGAGACCUGCCACCAGCUGCAGCCGGGGACCACCUUCCGCAUCCAUUCUGUGCUUGGCAGCCUCCCGCUCUGCUGACAAACUGAGUCACGUUUCCGUUUUGUCGCAGCCUUACUGGCUGUCUCUCCUCUGUUGAGGUGUUACAGUGAGAGCUGGCGCUCACUCGGAAUAAUGCUAUGUAUCAUCCUCUCCACCCACCCCUAUUCCGUAGCUUGUCACCACUGUGUGGCUUAUUCCCAGACUUUGUUUCCUGGUCCUUCACAAUAAAUGCAAUUAUCUCCUAAGCCUUUCACACCAGAUAAACCCACCAGAAUUAAUGCAUGUUCAUUUCCUGAUGAUACAAGGCCUGCGAAGGGCUGUGGGGAACCCAUAGAGGGGGUCUAGCCCUGAGCCAAGAACUCCCUUUAUGAAGGCAAGUCUGAGCAUUAGUGAGAUUUAGGGGGCAGUGGGGAGUAGGGCAGGGCUGAAGGGGUAAGGCGCACACUGUGCUUUAUACCUGGGCCCACUGCAACAACACAGAAGCCGGCGACACACCCAGACCUCAUCACAGCAUCAGCCCCACCUAGGAAGUUCCUGGAAAUGCAAGCUUUCAAGCCCACCCCACACAGCCUGACACCACCUUCGGGUGAUUCCAUGCUGGAAACUGACACCAUAGGGGUGAGGCACAAUAGUUUUUCUAUAUUUGUCAAGCUCUGCCUGUGUUUUUCAUGGUUAGCUAGUUUGAGGACCCUCUGCUCUGUAAGUGUA